AAUUGUGUUGUGAUUGAGAAAUGCAGUCUUCCCAAACUUCGUAGGAUUCGUCCAUCACCCAACGAUCGUCUGUCAAGUGUCAACCUUCAAUCAUGUCCCACUGGUUUCACAGGAACCCCUUGAAGGCCACGUCUGAGGUCAAGUUCGACCUAAAACUGGUGGCGUCUGACAGCCAGGCCUUGAAGAUAUGCAGUGAUCUGAAGCAAGCUAGAGCCAGAUUGCUAGAACUCAUACCAGAUGCUAACCACGAGAUUGACGUUGUGGAGCCUGCACUCACUCUUUACCUGUCUCUGUUGCGAGGGACAAUCGAAGCUCCCGAAGGAGAGCAUACGGGUUGGAGUAAGAUCCGGCAUGCGAUAAGAUUUCGAUGGACACAUUCCAUGUUGGGAAAUACCCCAGAGUCACACUAUGAUGCAGUGUUUGAGCUGGUAUCGAUUCUUCAGAAUGCUGCCUUUUGGUACAUGAAACAUGCUUCCAAAAUUGCUGCACAAGAAGAUUACAAUUGCCCGAGCCAUUGAGUUGAAACACAACGCUGGAUUGAUAUCUGCCCUCUCCAAUGAAACAUCAAAGUUAUUUACCACGGCCGCUGACUCCAUCGCUUCCCUUGAGGAAAAGGGAUUUGGUCACUGGAAAAAUUACCUGCGCUUGAAGGCAGCUCUAUAUGCAACCUAUGCAUACAACUAUGCUGGUGUGAACAUGCUGAACCAAGAUAAAUGUGGAGAAGCAAUCCGGUCACUUCAGGAAGCUAAGAAAUGUUACGAGACUGCUUCUGAGUUGUGCAAGGAAUAUGCUCAUACCAAAGGUCCUGGAACACAAGCGAAGCCUGAAAGACAUCAGUUCUUCCGACGUGUGGCUCCUAUAGUUGCUAGAACACUUGAAAAAUGUGAAAGAGAAAAUGGGAUGAUAUAUCAUCAGAAAGUUCCUUAUGACCCCCCACAGUUAGAAUUACGAGCUACUUACGGACUGGUUGCACCUGAUGACUACACCCUGCCUCCAGCUGCACCUCUUUGGUCACCAGUUAGCUAUGCUGCUUUUGAUUUGACAAAGAAUAAUUCGGAAGAUCCAAGUUCUAAGUCUAAAGCUGCCCAGAAAGCUGAAGGAGAUCUACCACCCGUCAAGGAGGCAGAUAUUCACCAGACCAAUAAAGACCACAAAAAUGAUAGUGGCUGUAGUGUGAUGUAGCUUAUUUCCAACUUACAAGGUACCAGUGACAUGAUGAGACUGAAACAUGAAGACAUCUCACCUGAUAUCACUGAUAAUAUACGAUGUGCUGUAUCCACUUAUUUGUGACAUUAAUAUAACUUCUCUCUUUAUUAAUGAUGAAUGUAAGUAUCACAUGCUCAAACAUCAGUUACUUUUAUUAAAUGCAAAUUCAGUUGUCACUCAAAAAGUGCAGAUAUGUCCUAAGUAAAAUAGCACAUAGGUAGAGAGAUGAGUCAUGUGAUCAUUUGUACCUGUAUUCGUUCAUACAACUGAACAUUUAAGGAUGCAUUAUGUGACAAUGCGUUACAGAUAUAUACUUUAUGUAGCUUAUAUGUAUAUAUAACAGAUUGUAUAAGUCAGAGACAAGGUUUUUGAAGUGACACUUUGUGCAUUAUCUUUUGUGUCUCAUGGUAGGUCAGUAGGAUAAAACAGUGAUGUCAA